AUGAAGUUCACACCGCUGAUCGUGGUCUUGACCACUCUCCUCUCUUUAGGAGAAGCAAUCGGAAAGACAGCGAAAUGGGCAUGCGUCGACGAUAAGGUGGUCAUGGCGCUACUGACUAAAAAAUGCUGCGAGGAGACCCGAGGCAAGUUUAGUGCCUCGGACGAUGCCUGCAAACAUAAGGCCAAGUCCAAGAAAUGGGCAAUGAAGAAAUUGGAGGAAGUUUAUACUUGCUGCUCGAAGGGAGGUGGUCUACCCGAGCUUGAAGAAUAA